CUUCUUUCUUUUCUUGUAAAAAAACCUUUAAUUUCUCAAAAUAUUUUUUAGCAACUCUUCAAGAAGAAAAAAAUGAAGGCAGGUGCUCUUGUACUUGGACAUGCUUCAAAGACAACAAAAAGUGGGGUGAAUAGAGGAAUGUCUAUACUAGACUUGUUUAUAAGGAUAAUUGCCAUAAUUGCAACAUUAGGAAGUGUCAUUGCCAUGGGAACUACUAAUGAAACACUUCCUUUUUUCACUCAAUUUGUUCGUUUCAAGGCCAAGUAUAACGAUCUUCCCACAUUCACGUUCUUUGUAGUGGCAAAUGCCAUAGUAAGUGCAUAUCUAGUACUUUCUUUGGGGCUGUCUAUCUACCACAUCAUGAGGAGCCACGCACAAGCAACCAGAAUUGCCUUAAUAUUCUUUGACGCGGCAAUGUUGGGGCUAUUGACAGCAGGAGCAUCAGCAUCAGCAGCAAUAGUGUACUUAGCACAUAAGGGAAAUAGAAAGACAAAUUGGUUCCCAAUCUGUCAACAGUACGAUUCGUUUUGCCAUAGAACAUCAGGAUCUUUAGUUGGUUCAUUUGCAGGAGUUGUACUCAUCAUACUCCUCGUCUUCCUCUCCGCUAUCGCCCUAUCUCGUCAAUCAUUGAAUCAUUAAUUUUGUGUUUGUCAUGAUUUGAGAGUAUUUGUU